UAUAGGAAGACUAACAAAUAUAAAAGUUGAACAAAAUUUCUACACCUGUAGUAAUAUCAGAACCUUUCUUCACGUACCUUACUCUUACGAGUGUGUAACCGACGACAAAAUGUCUUUAAAAUCAACACUCUUAGCGCUGAUCGGAUUCGUCUGUUUACAGACGAUACAAUGUAACCACGGUUCCCUUCCUAUGAUACCUUCUACACCGUCUGAAAUAUCGUUAUAUCGUGAUAUGUUCUACGACAAAGAUGGACAUUGCAUUCUAACAUCAAAUUAUCCAUAUUACAGCUACUUCGAUUACUACCCUUCGUCGAAACUGACCAGCGAUUACGAGUUCAAUAAGAAACUGGGACUGUAUUCGGCCAUCUACGAUACCCCGUUAUCGAAUUUAUACCAAAUGUACGACAUAAUUGAAAACAACAUGCCAAAUUUGCCACGAGACCAACAACUCAACAUGUUGCAAGAUUUGGCUAAAUCCUAUCAAGAUGAAAAAAUUCGAGAUGCUGUAAAUCCUUAUCAAUACAAAUUGAAUCCGUCGGCUUACCCCAAUUCACUAACGAUGGCUCAACUGAUGGGUUAUUUACCUUCCGACCUGCCUCCGUCCAUAGCGUACAUGCAAAACUACAUUGACAGUUUGUUGCCUACCCUAAACCCGGAUACUUUGGCUGAAAUUCAGCAAGCUGUUUACCAAAAUACUCCUCCAGGAAUGCUUCCGAAAGCGGACGACCUUACUUUCCAAUUACAAACGGCUAUGCGUUACAUGUUAGCUAAUGAGAUGUAUUUCAUUCCUAAUUACUGAACGUCAAAAUGAAAUAUGAAUGAUUAUUGAUUACUCUUCGAUAAUGUUUUAAAUUCCGAAUAUGCAUAUUAUUUUUAAAAUUAAGCUCAUGUAGUACUUUUUUUUUCAUACAACGAUCUUUGAAUGGAAUACAACGCUAACCAAUUCUUCAGAAUUUGUCAAUUAUUUAUUUAUUAUUUAGGUAGGUCUAUAAAUUACAGAAAUUAGAACUAUUGAAUGAGUUUAUCAAUAAAACUGGUACCCACAACA